AAUUUUUAGUUGGUAGCUGGCAACAUACAAGAAAAACAAAGUAUGUCGUAUUGCUUGCAGGAGUAAUUCUAACCUGGCAAAUUGCAUGGAUCAGUUUUCCAGCAAACAAUCUGCAAAACUAUCAGCAAACAUUAUUAAAAUUUAUGCGAGGCAAUUCCACCACUGCUUCUGUAAAGAGAGUUGAGAAUCAAACUCUGCUGAAAUCUGCGCCUUUUCUUGAGGAACAGAUUGAGUUUACAAACCCUAUGGACGUAGGGUGGUCAGACACGAUCGGACAAAUUCGCAAACGGUUUCAAAAUAGCACGGAACCUUACAACCCGUUCAGUACAGUAAUCGAUCCCAAGAUACGGGAACAGCUGAGGAUGGCUUUGAAAAACGCUACAGAUGAGAUAAAUAUUUUGAUUUGGUAUCCGCCGUUUGGAAAACGCCUGGACCGCCGAGUUCAAAGCAACGAAUGUGGAAACUGUAAGAUUACCCAGAACCGAUCUUUGAUCGAUGAACCAAACACAAAAGCUGUUCUAUUUCAUUACCGUGAGCUUGAUGUCUCUACGAUGCCCAACCCAAGUACAAGACGAAACGACCAAUAUAAUAUUUUUUGGACCAUGGAGAGCACAGUUUCGAUACGGGGUUACCAUUCAAACUACGAGGCAUUUGAUGAUGUUUUCAACUUAACGAUGAGUCACAGGCGAGACUCUGAUAUUUUCAAUCCGUACGGGAUCGGGGCGAGUUUUACGUCCUUUUUAGAGAAACCUGAUAAAGAGAACAGUGUUGUGGAUAAAAUCAUUCAAAGCAAAACUAAGUUGGCGGUUUGGGUGGUGUCGAACUGUGCAGCUAAAAAAAGAAUCAGUUAUGUUAACGCCCUUGUUAGUUACGGGCUUGCAAUUGAUCGGAAAGGAAGAUGUUACGAGCCCAACGUGGAUCGUUCAGCGUUUCAAAUCGAAUCGAUCAAACAGUACAAGUUCUAUUUCGCCUUCGAAAACAGCUAUCACUGUCGAGAUUACAUUACUGAGAAAUUUUAUAUAAACUCAAUACGACAGGGCGCGGUUCCGGUUGUAUAUGGAGCGACAAAGGAGGAUUAUACAGCCUUUGCGCCGCCGAACUCAUUUAUAUUCGCAGAAGAAUACUCGCCACAGCUACUGGUAGAAUAUCUGCAAUAUCUUGACCAAAACGAGACGGCUUAUAGGCAGUAUUUUGCUUGGAGGACAAAACCAAUCAAAUGGUUUCCGAAUUUAAGGUACGCCAUUGGAUUUUGCCAGCUGUGUAGAACUCUGCAUGGGAUUAAUGUUGACAGUUUAAGAUUCAACGAAACGAAUGAAGAUAUUCCUUUGUUUGGCUUACCGAGACAACCAAGGACAGUGAAAUCUUUAAAAUCUUGGCUGUACGGCAACGAUAAGUUCUGCGAGAAAAACUAG